CUAAUUACGUGGCCAGCUCUUUAACCCUGGGACAUUUCUAUCUUGUUAUUUUCCGAGAUAAGGCCGAAGCUAUGACCAGGGAUAAAGAAUAAUUACACAAGAGUAUAGCAAAUGCUCUUCGACUGCCAACAAUCGAAAUACUUGUAUACACUUUUAUUAUAAUACCGAGUAGCUCAAACGUGACGCUGAUAAAAGGAGACCGAACAUUAGCAGAAACACGUCAGUGAUGAGAAAAGGAGAGGCGUAGUGUGAUCUGUUAUCAUAGCGUGGGUAAAUAUUUGCUCACGAAGAUUACAGAUGGGCGAUUAGGAAGAGUCGAAAGGCAUUCUGAGAAAGAUAGUGAAACUGGACGGAUACUGUUAUAGAGGAAAGUAACAAGUAAACCACAUCCAGGCUGGAGGACGAAUCAUUGUCGACUGUCCGCGACUGCUUAUUCGUACGCAUCUGAAGCGUGUCACUUCCGUUCUCGACCUGAGGACACGCCGUACCUCAAUCACAAGAAUGGCGCUCGCUAUGUUGAUACUGGUGACUGUGUUGGCCGCGACCUCUGCGCUCGAACCGACGCCGCAGUUGUGCUUGAGGGACGCAGAAGGCCUAGCUUGCAGGUGCACGGCCAGUCUCACAGAGCUGGGCGUCCAUGUCUGGGACGUGGACUGCUCAUCUCGCAAUAUAUCGAGCCUGCCUACAGAAUUAGUGAUAUCGCAGGAGGCACGCAGCCUGGACCUCUCAAGGAAUCAACUGUCCUCUCUCACGAACGAGCAAUUUUCUCAUUGGGGCAAUCUAGAAGAACUGAGCUUAUCGCGAAAUAAAUUUACAUCUCUCAACGAAGGUGCUUUUUGGGGUCUCGCAAACCUUCGGACUUUAGAUCUUAGUUACAAUAUGUUAACAAUUCUACCAGAUAAAAUUUUCAAUGGCCUUUCGAGUCUGUCCAAUCUUAAUCUUGGAAUGAAUUGGUUGCAAGAAUUGCAUCCCCAGUUGUUCAGUUCAACACCACAUCUGGAUUCUCUGAUCUUGAGUUAUAACACUGCUUUGGGCAAGAACCUCAUGAAGUCAGCAGAGUGUCUGGCCAUCCUUCUUGAGAGAAACCUUAGUUCUCUCUCCUUAAAUAACAUGAGUAUUGAAAAAAUUCCGGAUGGCCUCUUUAGUGGGGCUAGUCAGCUUCGCUAUCUCUCCCUUGCCGAUAAUCCCCUGAAAAUUGUUGAUAUACUUCCAGCAUCACUGGAGAGUUUAAAUCUUUCAGGUAUAAACGUUGAAGUUCUUCUGCCUGGUGACUUUAUAUCCUAUCCUAAACUCAGAAAGUUGCAACUGGAUCGCUUGAUCCAUCUGAGAACCGUUCAAGAAAACGCAUUUGAAGGCCUUACAUCUUUGGAAGUUUUGACGAUGGAAAACUGUAUUCAGCUGCAUGAAUUUGAUGAAUUUUCUUUCGGCAGUCCAAAUUCUGCACCCGUUCCAUUGAAACGGCUUUCACUUGCUCGCAGUGGGCUUCAUACCCUUAGCAGCAAAACGUUUUUGCCAUUGGCGCCAACGCUGGAACACCUGGCUCUACAAGGAAACCCUUGGCGAUGUGACUGCAAAUUGGUUUGGAUGCGACAAACUAAUUUCUCUCUGGAGAGUUCAGAGUACUUGAGGUGUUUCUCUCCAGAGAAACAUCACAAUGAACUUCUACUUUCUGUGGACUUGAAAGACUUCACUUGCACCCACGAAUCUGCAAGACAGAAAACGGACUCCGAGGUCAGUACCGUACUGAGCGUCUCUCUCCUAUUGGCAUGUGUCCUGGUGGCUGGCAUCAUCCUGAUUGGUCUCUGGCGCCGUGGUCUCAUACACUGCGUCCCACGGAAAGUGGUUGGGAGAUACUUCCAAGUAACUGUGUACCCAAAUUCUUCAGAAAUGGAAUGGGACGACAAGGAUCUGGACCACAUCUGGACCAUGCCGUCUGCUGACAGACAGAUUGUUCGGGGAGCGGCCUGAAGAAGGCCGUGCCAUCUAUCGCUGUAUGUUUACGUCUAUAUUGAAGUAAAUUGUAUCGUUUUAAAUAAGCUAUAUCUUAUCGUGUUUCUCACCCUUACAGUGGUGCUUACUAUAAACAUGCCGACCAUGGUAGCCGAGCGGUCUAAGGCAUGAAGUGUCUCAGCUCGCUCGGACGCUGGGAUCGUGGGUUCGAAUCCCA